AUGGCGUCUCCGCUCUCUAUGCAGCUUGGAUUUGCUGCGCGUACGGCACGACGCAGCAUUGCCACAAGUGUUGCAGUGCGGUCCGAUGCGCUUUUUGUGCACCGCGAUACGCCGUACAACAACCCUUCGCUCCCGUUUGAAUUCAACGAGGAAAACAAGAAGAUCGCGAACGAGAUCGUCAGCCACUACCCCCCGCAAUAUAAAAAGGCAGCCGUGAUUCCUUUGCUGCAUCUUGCUCAGCAACAGCACGAUAACUGGUUGCCGAUCUCGGCAAUGAACUAUGUUGCAAGUGUGCUCGAGAUGCCACAGAUGCGUGUGUACGAGGUCGCGACGUUUUACACCAUGUUUAACCGCGUGCCUGUUGGCAAGUACUUUGUGCAGGUAUGCACUACCACGCCAUGCGCCCUGGGUGGCUGUGGCUCGGCAAAGGUGCUCGAGGCAAUCGAGGAUCGCCUCGGUAUUCGCGCUGGCGAGCAGUCGGAGGACAAAAAGUUUUCCAUCCUCGAGGUUGAAUGCUUAGGUGCUUGUGCAAAUGCACCCAUGGUCCAGAUCAAUGACGACUACUACGAGGAUCUCACGCCGGAAUCGGUGAUCAAGGUCCUUGAUAUGCUCGAAAAGGGCGGACAGCCCAAGGUCGGGCCGCAAAAUGGGCGCUUGAACUCUGCGCCGUUUGAUGGGCCACGCUCGCUCACGACAAAGCCGUACGGGCCGGGCCAGUACUGUGUCCCUGAGUUUGCUUAG